GGGCAGUGCCCGGCCCCUACUGCUUUGAAACCUCGGUUCUUUGCAGUUCCUGGAAAACAAAGUGAAGGGGUUUUGCAAUAGCUCAAAAUCCGGGCAGCCCUUCCAGGCGCAUCCUCAAUUCGGCGUCAAUCUCUGACAAAAAGUCUGCCCUUUGCGCCCGAUCCCUCACACCAGAGAGCACCGCAGGGACGGAGCGACGGAGAGGACUAAUGGUGUCGGGAAUAACCCAAGGAAGUUGGGGAACUCAGACUCUUUUCAGUGUUUACAAAGAAAACGCCCUUCGGAAGGUAUAAGAUGCCAGUCGAGCAGUGCGCCUGCAGACCAACGGCACUAGAGGGUAUCUUUGCCCCGCCCCAAGGCUCCUCGUUCCACCCCCUGACGCCAAGCAAGGAAUCCGGCGCCGCCGGUCAGGGGUAGUAUUUGCGACAGUGCUGGCGCUUUGCGGCCGGCCGCACAGCUGCUGACGCGUCGGGAGGUGGAGCCUAGGGAAGCAAAUUUUCCUGGCGGCUGCUGUUCAGACGCGGUUGCUGUGACCCACCUUCCUCCUCGGCAGAGCAAUGGCGGUGUCUGCCCGGUCCGCGCGGACUUCGCCCAGUUCAGAUAAAGUACAGAAAGACAAGGCUGAACUGAUCUCAGGGCCCAGGCAGGGCAGCCGAAUGGGGAAACUCUUGGGUUUUGAGUGGACAGAUUUGUCCAGCUGGCCGAGGCUGGUGACCCUGCUGAAUCGACCAACGGACCCUGCAAGCUUGGCUGUCUUUCGUUUUCUUUUUGGGUUCUUGAUGGUGCUAGACAUUCCCCAGGAGCGGGGGCUCAGCUCCCUGGACCGAAAAUACCUUGAUGGGCUGGAUGUGUGCCGCUUCCCCUUGCUGGAUGCCCUACGCCCACUGCCACUUGACUGGAUGUAUCUUGUCUACACCAUCAUGUUUCUGGGGGCACUGGGCAUGAUGCUGGGCCUGUGCUACCGGAUAAGCUGUGUGUUAUUCCUGCUGCCAUACUGGUAUGUGUUUCUCCUGGACAAGACAUCAUGGAACAACCAUUCCUAUCUGUAUGGGUUGUUGGCCUUUCAGCUGACAUUCAUGGAUGCAAACCACUACUGGUCUGUGGAUGGUCUGCUGAAUGCCCGUAGGAGGAAUGCCCACGUGCCCCUCUGGAACUAUGCAGUGCUGCGUGGCCAGAUCUUCAUUGUGUACUUCAUUGCGGGUGUGAAAAAGCUGGAUGCAGACUGGGUUGAAGGCUAUUCCAUGGAAUAUUUGUCCCGGCACUGGCUCUUCAGUCCCUUCAAACUGUUGUUGUCCGAGGAGCUGACUAGCCUGCUGGUCGUGCACUGGGGUGGGCUGCUGCUUGACCUCUCAGCUGGUUUCCUGCUCUUUUUUGAUGCCUCAAGAUCCAUUGGCCUCUUCUUUGUGUCCUACUUCCACUGCAUGAAUUCCCAGCUUUUCAGCAUUGGUAUGUUCUCCUACGUCAUGCUGGCCAGCAGCCCUGUCUUCUGUUCCCCUGAGUGGCCUCGGAAGCUGGUGUCCCACUGCCCCCAAAGGUUGCAAGAACUGUUGCCCCUCAAGGCAGCCCCUCAGCCCAGUGUUUCCUGUGUGUAUAAGAGGAGCCAGGGCAAAGGUGGCCAGAAACCAGGGCUGCGCCAUCAGCUGGGAGCUGCCUUCACUCUGCUCUAUCUCCUGGAGCAGCUAUUCCUGCCCUAUUCUCAUUUUCUCACCCAGGGCUAUAACAACUGGACAAAUGGGCUGUACGGCUAUUCCUGGGACAUGAUGGUGCACUCCCGCUCCCACCAGCACGUGAAGAUCACCUACCGUGAUGGCCGCACUGGCGAACUGGGCUACCUUAACCCUGGGGUAUUUACACAGAGCCGGCGAUGGAAGGAUCAUGCAGACAUGCUGAAGCAAUAUGCCACUUGCCUGAGCCGCCUGCUUCCCAAGUAUAAUGUCACUGAGCCCCAGAUCUACUUUGAUAUUUGGGUCUCCAUCAAUGACCGCUUCCAGCAGAGGAUUUUUGACCCUCGUGUGGACAUUGUGCAGGCCGCUUGGUCUCCCUUUCAGCGCACAUCCUGGGUGCAACCACUCUUGAUGGACCUGUCUCCCUGGAGGGCCAAGUUACAGGAAAUCAAGAGCAGCCUGGACAACCACACUGAGGUGGUCUUCAUUGCAGAUUUCCCUGGACUGCACUUGGAAAAUUUUGUGAGUGAAGACCUGGGCAACACUAGCAUCCAGCUGCUGCAGGGGGAAGUGACUGUGGAGCUUGUGGCAGAACAGAAGAACCAGACUCUUCGAGAGGGAGAAAAAAUGCAGUUGCCUGCUGGUGAGUACCAUAAGGUGUAUACGACAUCACCUAGCCCUUCUUGCUACAUGUACGUCUAUGUCAACACUACAGAGCUUGCACUGGAGCAAGACCUGGCAUAUCUGCAAGAAUUAAAGGAAAAGGUGGAGAAUGGAAGUGGGCCUCUACCCCCAGAGCUGCAGCCUCUGUUGGAAGGGGAAGUAAAAGGGGGCCCUGAGCCAACACCUCUGGUUCAGACCUUUCUCAGACGCCAACAAAGGCUCCAGGAGAUUGAACGCCGGCGAAAUACUCCUUUCCACGAGCGAUUCUUCCACUUCUUGUUGCGAAAGCUCUAUGUCUUUCGCCGCAGCUUCCUGAUGACUUGUAUCUCACUUCGAAAUCUGAUAUUAGGCCGCCCUUCCCUGGAGCAGCUGGCCCAGGAGGUGACUUAUGCAAACUUGAGACCCUUUGAGCCAGUUGGAGAACCGAGUCCUUCAAACAUGGAUACUUCACAUCCUAAUCCUCCUGAGUCAAAUCCUGAUCCUGUCCACUCAGAGUUCUGAAGGGGGCCAGAUGUUGGGUGCAGAUGUAGAAGCAGCCAGUCACAGACCCAUUCUAUGCAAUGGACAUUUAUUUGAAAAAAAUUCUCAAAAGUUUUUUGCAUUUUUUUUUUUUUUUUUUGGUCUAAAGCUGUUUUUAACUCCAAGAUUAUAACUUAGAGGAACCAAGGAAAUAAAGCAAAUAAGAUUUAACAACCCAAGAUUGAGAGGCCAGGAGGAGGUUAGAAGCAAUGUGAAACUGUCUUCCUAGGAUAAGAUGGUAAGAGUAAGGUUUAAAGUGGCUUUUUGGGGCCUGGGUGCCAUGGCUUAUGCCCAUAAUCCCAGCAUUUUGGGAGGCUGAGGCGGGCAGAUCACUUAAGACCAGGAGUUCGAGACCAGCCUGGCCAACAUGGCAAAAUCCCCAUCUCUACUAAAAAUACAAAAAUUAGCUGGAUGUGGUGGCAGGUGCCUGUAAUCCAACUACCCACAAGAUUGAGGCAUGAGAAUCACUUGGGCCUGGGAGGCGGAGGUUGCAGUGAGCUGAGAUCGAGCCACUGCACUCCAGCCUGGGCAACAGAGCAAGACUUUGUCUCAAAAUAAAUAAAUAAAGUGGCCCUUGGGGAAAAGCAAUUUAAUAUACCACGAUGAGUAGCUAACCGUUCCCAAGUGUUUGCUAUGUGCUACACACCGUGUGAGCAGUGUUACCUGCCUUACCACAUUAGGCUGAGAAGUAAAAUAAUUUGCCCAAAGACAUACAGCUAGUGAGGGAUGGACUGAUGGUUUGAACUUAACGUCUAUCUGACUUAAGGUCCCGCACCCUACCACUUGUAAUACUUCAGCAUCACUGAUAAUCUGAAAUAACGUAGCUUAAAAUGUGUUUUCUUAAUUAAAAGUAUAAUUGGAUGGUGGUCGGGUUGUAAAU